AUGAUAAGUCAAAAUGGGACAUUAGUGAUAUUACCCAAUAAAUUGAAUAUUGGGAAGCGGUUACAAGCUGGAUCGUACUUUAUGUUAAAGUUCGGGAACAGCUGCGUGCGUUUUGAUUCGGUGAAGGGACCUCUAGAGAUGAAAGUCAGUUCAGAGCAUUGGAACCAACAGAUGGGCUUUGUACUUUUUCGUAGAAGGCCAAGGCUAAAUGGUGAUCCUGUUGGAUUUAGAAGAAGAGACAUAAUUGAGCAGACAUCGCUGAGUAUUAAAGCCCGAAAACCAGAACGAAUAGCUGAAUACUGUGUCACUUGGAAAAAUAUUGAGUUAGAUCUGCCGGUGCAAGAUAUUCAAUUGAUCUUUGACCUGGAAUUCUACCCAUCCGAUGGUCCAAUUAAACCGUUGAAGAAGAACCAACCAUAUCAACUACAAGCAAAUGAACUCAAAGAAAGACGGCCCAAUAUUAGGCAGAAAAGUCCAGAACCAGUGAAGCAUCAGACUGAGCCAAUGAACAAAGUUAAGCCCUCACACACUAUUCUCAAUCGAUUCAAAAAAGGGAUAAAGAACCUGCGGCAUAUACAUUCAACAGAUAGAACAGAUUAUCCCGCCGAUGAAAGUGAGGUAGUCUAUGACAAUGUUAUCGAAUAUAACAAGGAGGAACCACAACAAGUGGUUAUGGGAAAUUAUGUACAUGGUAUGAAUAUGCCUGAAAUCGUGGAUGACAGCGCUACCAAUGUCGAUACUAUGGAUGUGUACAGUUUUAUCAGAAGAAAUAAAGAGAUCAGCGCCAAUCGAUUGUCCGAUGAUGAUACCUUAGUAAUUGGGGAUACUCCUAGAGACUUGAUGAAAAAUAAACAUGCUCGUUUGUCUUUAGGUGAGAGAGUUCAAUUUGCUCAGAUUUUUCCAAGUCGUAAUACGAGGUUGACAGGAUACGUGGGAAAUGGAAAAUGGGUCAUUCCAGAAGGGAACGAGUUUAGACGGCAGUAUUACAUGUUGCAUGGGAAGGCAUUACCGGCACCCCAAGUCCCUCCGAAAUGUCCUAAAGGUAUGCUGUGGGAGGAGUAUUACUUACUGGAUAAGGAUAAAUAUACCAAUGAAGUAAUACGGAACUGA